AUGUGCCCCCAGUUCAUCACGUACCUGGCUGGGCGAAAAUCAAAGGUCCUCAACGAUAUGAAGGCCAACCUGCCAAGGGGCCGCGAGGCCUACGGGAAAUUCCUGGACGCAAACCCUGGGGUCUCGCCCAUCGACGUGGCCAGAAUCGGCGACAUGCUGACCCUGCACGAGAUGACCCACGCCGUGACGGAUGGCGCGCGUGCCAUUGACGUCAACUCUCCCAACUCAUACGGUUGGAACACCUGCAAGAGCUUCGGCGAUCAGGGAUACCAGAACGCCGACAGCUACGGCUUUGUGGGUGUGGGAGCAUCUUUGAUCUCCGCAUCUGGCGGCGGGGACGCCAUGCGUGUCAUGAAGAACGGCUUCGUCGAGGUUCUACCGGCCGCUGCCGGUGGCAGUGCCAAAAGGCGAGCGGUGGACGCCAGUGGUCUUUCCGAGAGGGAUGCGCUGAUGGUGAUGCGUGGUGACGACUUGAUCACGCUAGACAGUUCUGACACCUUGACCUUGCCGAGCACGUUCAGCACCAUCACACGAGGCUCGUCUUUCAGCUCCCGCCACUCUGGCAGCUUCUCGACUCGAUCGAGUACUGGCAAGUCGUCGGGGACCUUGUCCAAUACCACUCCUAUUUCUACUCCUGGCACUCCCGGUGGCUCGACUGGUGGUUCAACUGAACCUUCGAACCCUGGCUCAACGCCUGGCACGAUUCCCCCAAUAGGCACUACGACAACUGGGAUUCUCUCUGGCACACCUUCGAUGCCACCUACCGGAUCUACAGGCACUCCGGCCACGACAGGGUCAACGGUAGGUCCCGUGAUUACGGUUGUUCCCAUCAUCAACGGCGGCACGACCACGUCUGUCACAUACACUUCUACCUACACCAGCUCCGGCAGCAUUGGUCCUACCGGUGCCUGGAAAUGCACUGGCCCUCUGUGUGCCAAGGGAUCCUGCAUAAUCCCCAUCUUCUGCCCCAACGGCGACAGCAGCUCAUCCUGGGGACUCUGCUGCGGUGCUCACCCGCCGGAUCUGCCCGACGGGACCCCCCCGCCACCUGGAGGACCUGAUCCGCCCCCAGAUGACCCCCCGGACAACGACCACACCUCGACCUCGACCACGACUUCGACCACGACCACGACUACCACUUCAACCACGACUACCACCUCGACCACGCCGUCCUCGACCACGCCGUCCUCGACCACGCCCUCCUCGACGGGGUCAAUGAGCGCCGGGCCGACGGGUACUCCGCUGGGUGACGCAUGGAACUACGGCUUGGCCCAAGCUGAAGAGGACAUGCUUGAUGUUCUCGCUACCAUCAAUGCUCCUUACAUUACUUGGCACGCGUCUAGAUCCACACCAGUUACAGGAUCAAGACCAGGUUCUAUUCCCGGUUCUACGCCAGGUUCUAAGCCAGGCUCUCCCUCAAAAUCAACGCCUCUUAUACCAUCAACUGUGAUCUCACCGCAUUCCACUGCCCCUGCCACUUCACCUCAAACCACGCCGAAGCCCCCAAGCACGGUGCUGCCUCCGUCCACGACCACAACUUCCUCGGCUGCCUCAUCAUCUGCACUGCCCUCUGGCUGUCCUCCAGCCGAUGCUCCAGUGUGCCAGACAAGUGACGCAAGUCCCGAAAUUGGGGACUGCGAGGCCUUCGGCACCGGCGGGACUUUCAACGCUGUCAGUACACCGUGUGCCCAGCCAUACGGUUCUGGCUGUCAGACGGUCGCCUCAAGCAACUCUUGCAACCUGGUUCUCUGCCAAGAUGAUGAUCUCUACGGAUAUGACUACUGUGAGCCAUUGCCCUGCGUAGAGUACUACAUCCAACAGUUGAUCGAUACUUGCGGAAGCAAUGGCAGGGUUGGAGGUUAUGUCCAUGUUAACAAUGGAGGUAACUAUGUCAACGUCGAGCUUACCUAA